AUGCCUGCCAACGCCUAUAACCGUGCUACUCAAGUUGGCCCAGCUGCACCCAUUGUGAUUGAGAAGCUGAUGCCCUGGGUAGAGAAGCGGGAUGACCUGGAUAGCACCUGUAGUUCUCUGUGUUUCUCUGCUCUGUCUGAGGAGCGUCUGCUGGCUGCAGUCAGGCUGGCCAAGAGAGAUCUGAGGAAGAGACGACAGGAGUCAUUGAACAGCUCCCCCAUCAGACCACAGCCAGAGGAGACCACUACCAUCAAGAGCAAUGUGGAGCAGAAGUACAUCUCUGUACCCCCUGGGCCUGAUCAUGGCCUGUCCCCCCCAACCAGAGACCCAGGCCCAAGGCAGACAGCCAGCCAGGAGCCCCAGACAGCACUCAGCCAGGAGGUCCGCAGGCUGCAGAGAGAGCUGACCAACUACAUCCAGAGAUUAGAUCAGCUCACAAACAGAGGGCGAAUGGUUGCAGAGCCCUUGGAGCCUGAUGAGCAGCGCAGGGUGGAGUCCAGAGCGAUGGACAGGUUGGCUGCUGCCCACAGAGGGGCGAUCAGGGCCAUGCAGAGGUUCACUAAUCAGCUGUCUGACACGUCUGAGGGCAGGAUGCCCUCCUAUUAUAAAGAGCUGGGCCAGCUGAUCCGCCAGCUCUCUCUGUGCUCGGCCAAGGUGGAGGUGGGCCAGGGAUCAGCCAUCCCAGAGACUGCCCUGGACAUCCUGCUGAAACUAGGGACCCUGGAUACUGCUCUCAGCAAGCAGGAGAGUCCAGUACAUAGGAGGCACGCCCAAGCACCCAGUUCCUCCCCUGCACUCUACCGCAGGUCUCCACAUCGCAGCACGUCUCCUCCCCGUCCCCGUGCACCCAGGGGCCCUGCCACCAGGGGUCUCAGAGGACCUCGUAGAGCAGCAGGCCCCAAGAAGUCCUUCCCUGCAAAUAGGAGAGCGGUCCCUCAGCAUCAGCAGCCCCCCAGAGCCACAGAGCCUCCUCCACAGCUGGAUCGCAGACAGGUGCUCAGGGCUGGCCUGGAGAGCCUGGUCCAUCUUAGAGAACUCAGGGAAGGUGGGGGACAGGUCCCCGACAGUCAAGGAGGAGCACUGCACCCCGACAGGACAAAGAAGCAGGGAGCCCAUGUGAGGGAUGCAGGUUUCCAGCAGCCCACAGUGGCUUCCAGGCUGAGAGUGUGUCAGCACCCACAGAAGGAGGCCUCUGUGCCCUGGAUACCCACGUCACCUCACUCUCCUCCUAAACAACAACAACAGUGUCACCUCCUAUACCACCUGUUCACCCUCGACUGCGUGGCCAAACACGACUCCAACACCAUCAUUAGGUUUGCUGACGACAGAACAGUGCAGAUGGGAGCUGCUGCCUCUCAGACCCGGGACAGAAAGGCCACAUCGUCACUGAGGCAUCGGCUGUCUGAGCAGGCUACAGACAGAGCUGCAGAAUGCGCUGAGGUGCUGAGUGAGGCCCUGCUAGAGGAGCUGCUGGCCGAUGCAGUGCGGGCCACCUGGGUGGCGGAGACAGACAGACAGAUGGAGGGUUUGGCCCAGCGCCAGCUCAAGGCCCCCACCCUGGAGAGCAUGCUGCUGCGCAUGGAGGAGAUGGAGAAAGACCAGGAAGCUGUGAGGAGACGCUUUGCUACCAUCACAUACUCAGACCCUCACCACUGGGACAAAGGGGACACAACUGGGCCCCAGAGGCCUGCUCCAGGCCAGUCUCUCCUCAGCCCGUUAGGAUCACCAGGCCAACACUGA